GAUAUCUUAGAUAGUCUGUCUUCUCCUGGAUUUAACGAUUGCUUCAUCUGGUGUUCGAGGUGAAUUUUAAGAUGCAUGUUUUACCCACUAUGGCUGUGCUGGAAAUUAUCCUCAUCCUUUGUCAGGUUAUUCCAUUAGUGAGGACUAUAAAUACUAGGUUCUUUCCAUGUGACACGGAUCAGAAUAACACCGCAGUGGACUGCCACAAGAGACCACUCAAGCGUGUCUACAUCAAGUCUACUACUGUAGUAACACUUAAUUUAAGUCAGACUAAGAUACAGCAAGUGGAGCUAAAUACUUUAUCAGGUCUGCCAAAUCUUAAGACUCUGAAAAUGAUGGGGAAUUGUCCACCAGAUCACCAGAGAGCUUUGGAAAACCGCUCAUGCAAGGUGAAGAUCCGAUAUUAUGCCUUCAAGGAGCUACUGAAGCUUCAAUUUUUGUACCUGUCAGGAAACAGCCUCACCACUAUUCCCUGGUUACCUGAAAGCCUGAAGGUUCUUGAUCUACAGAAUAAUUGCAUCUUCACCAUUAUCUACCCUCUAAAAACUCCUCAUCUCGAAGAGCUCUUCCUCUCCAUGAACUGUUUUUAUGCAAACCCUUGCAACCAGUCCAUUAAUAUCAGUGAGAAGGUUUUCAGAGAGCUCCCUAAACUCAAAAAUCUUACUUUAGGCUAUAAUAAUCUGACAGCUAUCCCUAAAGGGUUGCCACCCUCACUGGAGAGCCUGGAUUUAAGAGAGAACACAAUCACAGAGGUUUUGGAAGGAGCAUUUGCCAAUCUGACUAAAUUGAAAUAUCUGAAUUUGGAGUGGAAUUGUCAGCGUUGUGACCAUGCAGCCAGGCCCUGCUUUCCUUGCCCACAAAAUCUCCCUCUACUCCUACAUCCAAAGUCAUUCUAUGUUGAGAACAGCUCCAUCACCUACUUAAGCUUGAGAGGGAACUCUCUGAAAACAUUUCCAGUGGGUCUUUUCCAACCUUUGAAGAAUUUACAGAGAUUGGACCUCUCUGACAACCUCCUAGCAUAUGCUAUACGUAAUGGCACCUUCUUUGCAGAGCUGCAGGGCCUCACUUGGAUUAGCCUUAUCUAUAACUAUGAGCCGCUGAAGACAUUUAAGAAACUGAUCCUCUCCCCACAUAUUGGCAAUAUAUCUGGUCUACAGUAUCUUCUUCUGAGCGGUAACUUUUUCCACAUGCUUUCAGAAGAGAGUUUUAAUGUUCUGUCCAAACUUCAAAACCUAAAAAAACUAGAACUUCGAAUGAACUUCAUCAAUACUUGUAACUUGAAAGCUCUGAAACAGUUACCGUCUCUCAUCAAUGUUGACCUCUCCCAAAACAUGCUUAAUUUCCUUCCAUGCUGUUUGAGUCCAUCAUCAGAGAUUGUGGCACAGGGAAGCUGUCAGCAACAGAACAUGUAUUCACAUGAUGUUCCUCAGCCACCCCUUAUGUUAAUAGAUAGAGAAGUCACACCUGUGACAAGUGACAUUUGGAAAUCUGACCAGUUAAACGGGCCGGAAAUGUUGGAAGAUGACAUGCCCCAAUUUCCAUCAUCGCUAUGGAAAAAAUUCUGCCGACAUAACCUGACAUUGGACUUGUCUCAAAAUGACAUUCUGUCUCUUAAAAAAGAGGUGUUUGUAGGCAUGGAAAAUGCUGUUUGUUUAGACCUUUCCUUCAAUUACAUGAGUCAGGCAUUGCAGAAAGGGCUGUUUGAUAGCAUGAAACAUUUAGUUUUUCUUAAUUUGUCAUACAAUAGACUAGAUUUUUACUAUAACGAUGCUUUCAGUGAGCUUAAAACAACUCUUAAGCUAUUAGACGUUAGUAACAAUGACUUUCACUUCAAAAUGAGGGGCAUGGGCCAUCGUUUAGAGUUCAUUCAAAAUCUGACUAACUUGGAAGUCCUCAGUCUGGCAAACAAUGGCAUUGGGAUGCGAAUAGAUCAAAGGUUGAUUAGCAGCUCUUUGAAGUACCUCUACUUCUAUGGAAAUCGCCUGGACAUUAUGUGGGACAACAACAAGUACACUCAUUUCUUCCAAAACCUGACAAACCUCACCUACCUGGACAUCUCUAACAAUGAACUGAGGUCGAUCACACCAGAACUGCUGUGUAACCUCCCAGGAAGUAUUAAGACUCUCAGAAUCAGCAGUAAUCAGCUGAACUAUUUCCCAUGGCAAAACAUCUCAGCACUCAGCAAUUUAAGUCACCUGGACCUCAGUCAAAACUUACUCACUUAUUUGCCUCAUAAAGUCAUAGAGUUUGGAGCCUAUUUUUCUCUCUUGGACCUCAGUCACAAUCGCAUUGGUUUUAUUCCCGUAGCUUUCUUUAGUAAGGCAAAAUACUUGCAAUAUUUGUACCUCAGUCACAAUCAGAUCAAAGAGUUGAACCAUCAGUUUCUCCCUACCCCUUUUCAAAAUGGUAGUGCUCUUCAGAAACUCACCCUGCAUGCCAAUCCCUUUAAAUGUGACUGUGAUACAUCUUGGUUUGCGGACUUCUUGCGCACUACUCCGAUAGAGAUUCCUUAUCUCACCACACAUGUACACUGUGAAUACCCAGAGUCCCAACAGGGCAACAGUAUACUGUUUAUGGACCAGCGUUCCUGCCAGGAUAUAUAUGGUAGCUUAGCCUCCCUCAUCUGUUCCUUCUUGGUUGUGACGUUCACUGUUCUGCCCCUACUGAAGCAUCUCUAUGGCUGGGAUCUGUGGUAUUGCUUACAGGUACUUUGGGCAGGACAUAAGGGCUACUCCGUAUUGGCUGGUAGUGAUUCCCAUCAGCACUACGAUGCUUUUGUGGUGUUUGACACCGAGAACCAGGCUGUGAGGGAUUGGGUCUACAAUGAGUUAACUGUCAAUCUGGAGAACUCUGGUCACAGGAAGUUUUCUCUCUGUUUGGAAGAGAGGGACUGGAUUCCUGGGCUCUCAUGUAUUGAAAAUCUACAUAACGCUGUGUACAACAGUGUGAAGACGGUGUUUGUGCUGUCCAGUGGUGCAACUGGUAGUGAGACAGUGAAUGGUGUGAUCCGCCAGGCUUUCUUCAUGGUUCAGCAGCGCCUUCUGGAUGAGAAGGUGGAUGCAGCUGUGCUGGUUCUGUUGGACGAUAUGUUUCCCAAACUGAAGUACCUUCAGCUGAGGAAAAGGUUGUGCAGAAAGUCUGUCCUGUCCUGGCCGAGAAACCCAAUGGCUCAGCCCCUUUUCUGGAACCAAGUGAGAAUGGCGUUGUCGUCAGAUAACCUCAAGUUUUAUGACAACAACAUGAGUGAAAGUUUUUUAUGAUGACCUCUUAACGGCUGAUAGUACUUUGGUGAAAGAAGUCCUUGUAAUUAAGAAUUUUGCUAUCUUAACAUUACCUAAUUUUGACAAACCUACCCUACCCUUAAUGGUGUUACAUGCAUAAUGAUGUUUGAUGUGACUAUAAUUUUUUUUUUAAUAUUUUCCCUUUUUGUUCUGAUUGUUACUGACUGUGUUCUAUUGGAAUUUGAUGUUGAUUCUUUAAAUUUCCAUUCCUGUGUUUUUUUUCCUUGUUUUUUUAAAUUCUUUUUAGUGAAUUAAUGCUUGUCUUCAGAGAGCUUAUGCUGCAUAAGGGACAUGUCGCUAUUGUGGGCUGCAAAGUGAAUUGAGACACUCUACAUUGUACAUAGACAU